AUGCCAAACCUUGCUCUUCCCUCGAGGUCCCCGCUACUUGGCUCGCGUAAAGCCCUUCGCGAGCCCAGCCCAGCACCACCUACACCCACACGCAAAAGCUCGGCAUCUCCGCUUCUACCACCGCCACCACCAUCUUCAUCAUCAGCAUCAUCCUCAGCAGCAGCAGCGGCGGCAACUCCGUUAGCAGGUCCUAGCAGUCGUGUUCGCUCACCACCCAAGCCUAUCGCAUCCGGCAAGGAACUUUCCGAGCAGUAUGAGCUUCUCGAAAAGAUCGGCGCCGGCUCCUUCGGUACCGUCUACAAGGCCAUGCACAAAGAGUCUCGCCAAAUUGUAGCCAUCAAACAGGUCGACCUCGAAGAUUCCGACGAUGAUAUUAGCGAAAUUCAACAGGAGAUCGCUCAUCUCGCCCAGUGCGACAGCGAAUGGGUCACGCGCUACUAUGGCAGCUUCGUCAAGGGCUACAAGCUCUGGAUCAUCAUGGAGUAUCUUGCAGGCGGCUCAUGUCUCGAUCUGCUCAAAGCCGGCCCCUUUUCCGAGGCACACAUCGGCAUUAUCUGUCGCGAGCUUCUUCUGGGUCUCGAGUAUCUUCACAACGAGGGCAAGAUCCACCGCGAUAUCAAGGCUGCCAACGUGCUCCUCUCUGCAAGCGGCAAAGUCAAGCUGGCCGACUUUGGUGUUGCCGCACAGCUCUCUAACAACAAAUCCAGGCGCAACACGUUUGUCGGCACGCCGUUCUGGAUGGCGCCCGAAGUCAUCCGUCAAGCCGGUUAUGACUACAAGGCCGAUAUCUGGUCUUUGGGCAUUACCGCUAUCGAGAUGGCCAAGGGCGAACCGCCGCUUGCAGAGUAUCAUCCCAUGCGUGUCCUCUUCCUCAUCCCCAAAGCCAAGAGCCCCACGCUCGACGGCAACUUCUCUUCGGCCUUCAAGGACUUUGUCGACCUCUGCCUCAUCAAGGACCCCAAGCAUCGCCCCAGCACCAAAGAGCUCCUCUCGCACCGCUUCAUCAAGUACGCUAAAAAGACGGUACUUCUCACCGAGCUCAUCGAGAAGCACCAGGAAUACAAGGCACGGGGCGCUACAAGGGGUGGAGCCAUCGUCCGCGACCAUCUGCGCGGCAUCGAUGCCCAAUCCACGAUAGGUGCCGGCACCAUGAUGUCCGAAUGGCAGUUUGACACGAUGCGCUCUCGUAUGUCGGUCUACGAUGAACCCGACGAUGUCCAAGAUGGCGACGGCCUCUCCAGCAGUAUCGACGUGUGGGCCAGAGCCGGCCGCGGUCCCCCUGCCAUGGGUGAGCAACGCGCCGGCUAUGAUACUGUUCGAGGUGGCCGUCCCGCUGGCGAGCUUAUGGAGGCUGUCGACAGUGCCAUGCACACCCCCGUUCGCAACGGCACUCUGCGUGCCAAUGCUGCUGGUGUUCGGGCCGGAGGAGAUCGCGAUGACAUUUCUGAUCUUUCUACCGAGGCCUAUUCGAGCAGCGACGCAUUAAGCCGAUCGUCCAGCACGCCCGCCACCUCAACCGCAUCAGGACCCACCACGCCCUCCGAAAAGGUUCGCGACUCGAUCCACGUCGACGCACUGGCCGCCUCGUUCCGCGGAAUGCAGCCCUCGGAUGCCCCGGCUCGGUACGUUGUAGGUGGUCUGGGCAAGAACGCAGGUGCUGCCUCGUCAGCUUCGUGUCUCGCUCCUCCUUCUGCCAGCGGUCUGGCCGAGAGCAGCGUCGACGUUGCUACCGCCGCAGCAACCAUGGCUUCCGCCCAAGCCGGCUCCACGGCGACUUUGCACAUUCGAUGUGCCCGCGACGGAAAGGCGUCUCCCAGCCACAGCAGGAACAACUCUGCCGCAUCCACUUCGCGUCCAACAGAAUCACGCACGCGGCGAAGCAGCUGGAACGAGCGCAACGACAUCAACGGCACCGUGCUCAAGGAGGCGGAUGUGGCCAAUGGAUUGGAGACGCUGCGGCCCGUACGUCGACUCGACGCAGGUGGAUCGGCACGACUCAGCCAGCAGUACAUUGGCAACUCACGCAGCGACUCUGCCCCCUCGGGGCUGGACAAGCCGGGCCAAGCAAACGCAACCUCGCCUGAGCGCAAGCAGCUGCGACACUCGCGCUCGGCACUGGCGAGUUCCAGCAGUACCGCCCGAGCCCACGCGACGGCGGGCGAGAACCUGGUGCGCGACGUGAUUCUGCCCGUCAUGGAGCGUGCCAAGGAGCAAGAUCUGGACGCAGCCGAGGUGGAAGCACUCAACAUGAUCUCCAAGGGCUUUGAAGAUCUGAGCUUGCUCAAUUCGCGUCUUGCUUAUUCGACGAUUGUGGAUCUGCUGUUGAGCAUGAACGACAACGAGCAGGCGCGCGACAACCUCUCGACAACGUUCAGACAGCGCUUGACGGGUCCGCAGAUCGCCAAGCUGCAGGCGUCGGCGCAGGCUGAGGAGGCACCGCGAUCGCCUAUCGCCGACCUGCUGUAUGGGCGAUGGCUUGAGGGGCUGAGGACAAGGUGGAUGGGCUAUUGA